AGCCUUUUCGGCUCCGUGGCGCGACCCCGAGGGGGGAGGCCCUCCCGCGGAGGCCCUCUUGGGGGGGCUUUUUUAUGCGGAUCGCCCUCGCGGGGGCAUGGCCGCCACAGAGGCCACCGCAGAGGAGCCCUCGAGCGCCCGCCCCAUGCUCGACGAGGCCGGCGAGCAGGACCGCAUGAUUGACGUUGAGGACUCGGGGGCCUAACCUUCAGUCGGGCAUGGACACCCCCGCCAGACAACCCGCCUUCGCGCGGGGCGACUCGACGCGCGCCGGCCGGUCGAACGCCUGCGUCGCCUCCAUCGUGCUCACGUCGCUGUGCCUCUCCGCGCUGCUGGUCGUGGGCGGGCGGCACCUCCUGGACCAGGAGGACCGGACCCCUCCUGGGGCCGGCAGGCCGAGACCGAGGCGGACCGGGCGCUGCUGGUCCUGGGCGUCGGUGCGCCCGCGGCCAACGGCACCGACGGCAACCGCACGGGGGCCCCGGCGAUCGGCACUGCGACCGGUCCGUCCUCCGAGCAGCGCUGGCGGCAACUCCUCGGAGGCGCUGGCGGCGGGCGCUGGCGAAGGCCCCGGCGACGGCAACCUCUCGGGCCCGGCGUGCAGCCCCGCGCUCUGCGGGGCGUUGGACAGGGCGGGGGAGACCUUCAAGGAUCGGGGCCCAGCACUGGGGCGGCUGGGCGAAGGUCUUCCCCUUCAUGGUCACCUCCACCAGCACGACGUCAACCACCACUACUUGGACCACCUCCACCACUACGAGCACGACCACCUCGUCAACCACCCCGUGCGCUGUUCCCCAAAAGGGAGAUGCCUGCUACAAGGAGGUCCUGAGGAUAAUGUACGAUGUCCAAGCUGGGGCCGACCAUAAAACGCAUUUCAACAACUGGUCGUCCUUCGAGGAGGUUCAGAAGUGGGUGCACAAGAC